GUUUGAACGUCGGAGGAGCGGUGCCAACCGUCUGGCCGCGCGCGGGGACGCCCUGCCGUGCCCCCCACCACCAACCACCCCCGUCGACCCCCGUCCUGAGGCACGAGCGCGCGGGCAGCCGUUGGUGCCGUUGGCAGGUGGAAGAUGGCUAAAUACCUGAAAAAGCCCUUCAAAGACACUCUGGAAGAUAUAAAAGAACGAAUGAAAGAGAAAAGAAAUCAGAAAUGGAUGCGGUUGGGUAAAAUUAGCCAGAUCUCCGCUGUAAAGUGCAAAAUAGCAACCAACACCUCUAUGCAGAUGAAGAGCAUCCAAGCAAACAACAGAGAUCUAGCACAGGCUUUGCAAGAAGAAAAGCUCAAACUGAGGGAUGCUCAGGUUACCAUUCUUCAAUUAAGAAAAGAGUAUCAAGAUCUGAAGAUUAAGAUGUUUGACUUGCAAAGAAAUCUUAGGUUCAAGCAAGCACAAGGAGUUAUUGAGAAUCAACUGUCAGCCUUGAAUGAGAUAAUUUCAAAAGUUUCUCAGAAUUUACUGAACUCGAUUGAUCUUCUUGGCCCAGCAAAGAAUUUGUGUUCCAUAGGUGCAAAUCAGAGUGUGCUUUCUUCAGUUCUUGAAAACAGUUCCAAUGUUGUAGGACAAAUAGACUCCGUAGGACUUCUACAAUGUCCUGACGGAGAUGAUCAACUACUUCCAAGUGGGAUUGAAGCUGAUAAUGAUAGACAUGAGCUGACUCAUUCUGUGUCAGAGAUCUGUGAGGAGUCUGACAAUGCCGUUUCCUUAAUCAAAAUAGUUCCAGACAAAGAGCAAACAACUGAUUUUCAUCUGGACAACAUAAGGUCAGAGGUGGGAAAUGUUUCUUUAAGUGGAGAGGAUGGAUUUGGUAACAUGUUACCAAAAAGUGUGUCUACCAGGCGCCGCUAUUCAAAGAUGAGAAAUCACGAUGAACUUUGCACUGGUGUCUUGGACCAUUCGGAAGCACCUGAUUCAACAAGAGAGCUUUCUAAACAGGAUGAAAUUAGAUUUGAAGAAAGUCUAGAGAAGUGUACUGUAGAAAACAUAAAUUCAGAUAUUUCUCCAUUGAAUGAAAAAAAAUUAAGCUCAGAGCUGGUGUUCAGGCAGACAAAUUCUGAAACUUCACAAUUCAACUUAAGCAAUAAUUCUGAUCUUAAACAACGUGAGUGUAAAAGCAGAGAAGACUCCCAAAUAAGGAAAGAGAAGCAUCAGAAGGGAAAACUGGAAAGGUCUAAAAAGUCUUCCAGACAAAGACCCAAAAAAAACCAGGGUAAAGAGGCUUCCAAAGAAAACUUGGAUUUUUUGGGUGGCUCCAGUGAUGCUUAUGACUUUCACUUUGAAGAGAGUGUCCAUCUUACACCUUUUCGACAAAGGAAGGUGAAUGACACAGAUACUGGUGUGGAUGACAAAGAUGACUUAUCUGACACUGAUACCACUGAGUCGAGUCCUGCUGAAGAUUCAGAUGAUAGCCUCUACGAGCCUUACAAGAGUAAAUCCAAAAAAAGGAAAAGCUCAGUGGACAACAAAGAUACAUCGCCAGUCCAUGUAAGGCCAAGGUCUAAAAGAUGUUUGGCACAGCGUGAGCAGAAACUCCAUAAUGAAAAAGAGACUGAAAGCAAUAAAUCAAGGGAGGAGUCUAUUAGGCAGCCUUCUGAGCCAUCUCGUGGUCACCUUUGUGAUGUUACCAAUACUGCUUCAUCGCUUCCCCACAUUGGGAAUGUGCCCAUUUUACCAGAAGGUGAAGGACCACAAUCCCCAAAACGCAAGCGACGCUGUACUCUUACUGUGAACUAUAAAGAACCAAACAUUGCAAGCAAACUCAGGAGAGGCGAUCCAUUUACAGAUACAAAUUUUCUGAAUUCUCCAAUAUUCAAGCAGAAAAAAGAUGCUAGACGUUCUCUUAAGAAAGCAUCUCUGUCAAAGUACAAUGAGAAAUUUGUUGGUUGUCGUUGAGAUUUCAAGCUGUGAUGGCAAAACCAUGCUCACUCCAUGAAAAAAGGAAAUCUUUCAUCCAGGAAACUAUUGUUGCACAGUAUCUUAUACAAAUGUGCAAUUAUUUCUAUGUGUCUAAUAGUAAGGAUAUAAAAUUAAGGUGCUUUGGUUUUAAUCCAGUGACAAUGAUAUGGAAGAUGACUUUUAUAACUAAAGUGAUUCUUUCAAACUCUUGAGAGAAGACAUCCCUACACCGUGGAUCUGCGAGUAUAUCAGAAAUAUCUGGUGAAAAAGGUGGUGAAGGUAAUUUUAUGACUUACACCGUGCUUGAUCUCUCAGUGUUUGGCAAAGGUGAACUCCAAGCACUUAAGAUGAAAUGGUUUUGUGGCUUUUUUUAAUAACAAUGUUUGUACAGAUCUUGUAUGUAAUCUCUGUAGUUUCAUAUUGAAGCUCAUAAUGUAUGUCUUAGUGUUUGGAAACUGCUUGUAGCUAGUUCUUCUGUUGUACAGUUCCUGUAUUUGCUUCAAGGGUGGCAGUCAGCUGUGGGCAUACUGCAAGCCUGUGUACUUCCCCCAUCUUAUGUGGCGUGUUGCUUAGAAGCAAGAUUGCCAGUUGUAAUUUAAUUAUAUAGCUGGAGCUCUCAAAACUAGCAAUUUAGGGUUGGUUGGUACCAAACUUACAUUUGCUUUGUUCCUAUCUGGUUAUCUGUGAAGAAUGCUCUGCUUUGGUGGAGUGUAAAGUAAGCCACUAAUACUUUUAGUGGCUUGCUUUGCCAAGUAUCUUCACCAGAGGAAGAUCUGCCUUAUCAUACUGGUACCACAACAGGCACUAUGCUGGAAGAACACUGUUCAGCUGUCCAGCAAGAUUUCAAGGUUGCAGAGCACUCAAAUUAGCUUUUUCCUUUGCUAGAGGAACAUUUAAGAAGUAUUACAAGAGUAAAGCUACCUUAAAAAUCAAUGAUGGGAAAGUACAGAAAUAAAGGUUCUUUAUUUGUCUUUGCAAGAUUGUCUGUCUCACUUCAAUAGAUGUAAGAGCGCUCCCUUUCUGUAAUAAAAAGGUAUAAUGUUAAUUACA